ACAACUGUAGCAGCCAAUAUGGCUUACUUAAUAUUUCAUUCUGCGUAUAUUCAUAUUAUCAAUCGUAUACAAUAAAGCAAAUUUCACAAGUAAAAUGAAGUGAAACGAAAUUAUACGGAACUGCAUAAUAAUUGAAUCAGACAAUUACCAUUCAAUACUUGUUUAAUAUACAGUUCACAAGUGGAAGAGUUAAUUUUGCUAGUGCUCAUGGUUUGCUAUAAAUAUCCCACGCACAAAUAUACAAACAGAUAAACAAUUUUACGUACAACAUAGGCGCAUCUUGCCUAGCUCCUCGUAUAGCUUUCUAUGAAAAUAAGAGUUUAUCUGUUACAGAGAUAAAAAUUAGGAAGGAAAGACUUUUAAAAAAUGGAUUGGCGGCAAGCAGAAAUUUUAGAUUUAAUAAGCAUGUAUAGAGAAUCUGAGUGCCUCUGGAACUGUGUUAAUCCAGAAUAUAAAGACCUGGAUUUGAAGAAAACUGCUUGGAGAGAAAUUGCGGACCAUUUCGAAAGAGACGUUGGGGAAGUAAAGAAAAAAAUCAAACAUUUGCGCACUAAUUACGUUGUGGAGAAAAAGAAAGUCGACAGUAAAAAAUAUGGCGAUUCUGGUGAAUCAAUGUACGAGCCGCGCUUAUUCUACUAUGACGAGAUGACUUUUCUGGACCCUGUGGUAGUUUUACGUGCAUGUAGCCUUGUUGAACCGCAUGAGGAUCCAUUAAGGGCAAAGAAACCCAAACGAGCCAUAAACGAAAGACCUGUGAUUGUUGAAAAGAGACAACGUGUAGACUCUACUGAUGAUGAGCUAGAAACCCCGCGUUCUGUAUAUAGACCCACUGAUACUCAUUCUGAAAUAGAUGAAGCACCACCGGAAUCACCACUAAUGGAGUUGGAGACAUCUACAGAUGUUGGGAAGGAAGAAACAUUUUGUGCAAUGCUAUGCAGUGAACUUAAAUUAAUAAAAUCCGAAGAAAUUUACGAUAAUGUGACUUUGGAAAUUUUUGCAAUUGUGAAGAAUGCAAAAAUGGCAGAACGUCAAAUAAUUUAUCAGCCCGAAGAGGAAAGGAGUACACCUAAUAAAAGAACGUGAAAGAACGUUGCUCAUCACUUUUAUAAUUUAGUAAUUUAUUACGCAAUCAAGGCAACUAACAGAAAAGGCUAAUGGCCUUAUUAAAUACACAAAUGAAUGUUUAGUGUACAAAUACAAGUAAUUAUUAAGCAAAUAUAAGAGAUAAAAGAUGACCUGUA